UACCGGGACCAGAUGCUGAGGAAUUACCACACCCUUGUUUCCCUGGGAUAUCAAGGUCCCACACCAGACUUGAUCUGCCGCAUCCAGCGAGGGGAGGUGGAGCUCUGGGUCUGUGAUGAUAAGGACCCUGGAGAAAGCGCGUGGUCUAAGAACCUGUCCCCAGAUUUCUCUGAUUCCUGGGACUCCUUGGCAGAGGACAGCUCUGUGGGCUCAUUCCCUGGACCUGGCUCUUCAGUGCAAGCAGCUCUAUCAGGCAGCAUGAGCCAAAGGAUGUCCCCCCUGGAUCCCACCAAGCGGGCACCUAAUUGGAGCCGUGGUGAGGUCUUGGACCUCAUCGCGAUAUGGGGAGAAGUGAGGAGGACGGUUGCAACUGCAGCGAAGGGGACUAAAGGAAACCGGCAGAAUCAGGCCAUUUGUGAGAGGAUUGCAGCACAGAUGGUGGCACGAGGGCAUCAGCGGGACUGGCUCCAGGUCAGGACCAAGAUAAAGUCCCUGAAAUCCCUCUAUGUAAGGGGCAGGGAUGCCAAGAGGGUGCCUGGGGCAGCCAAGAACACGAUCCCCUUCCACAAAGAGCUUGCAGACAUCCUUGAGAGGGAUCACGCUGUGGCUCCUCGCUAUACAGUCCAGUGCACAGCCUCGGACCAGCAAGAGGGGGACAGCGGUGAGGCAGCCUCCUCCCAGCAGCCGCCUGCUGCCCCCCAAGACAGUUGUGAGUAUCUAGGGUCCUCCAUGGCCCUGAUCCUGAGCCCCAUUGCUGAACCUGGAAUGCAGGAGACCCAGGAGGUGGCCCCAGGACAGGAUGGUUGCAAGUCAGAAGUCACAGAAAUUGAGCAUCCUGCAGGAAACCUCUCUGAUUUCUCUGAUGCCUGGGACCCUUUGGCAGAGGACAGCUCUGUGGGCUCCUUCCCUGGACCUGACCCUUCAGUGCAAGCAGCUCUCUCAGCCAGUAUGAGCCAAAGGAUGCCCCCGCUGGACUCUGUCAGGCGGGCACCCAAUUGGAGCCGUGGUGAGGUGCUGGACCUCAUCACGAUAUGGGGAGAGGUGAGGAGAGCCAUUGCAACUGCAGCAAAGGGGACUAAAGGAAACCGUCAGAAACAGGCCGUUUGUGAGAGGAUUGCGGCGCAGAUGGUGGCACGGGGACAUCAGAGGGACUGGCUCCAGGUCAGGACCAAGAUAAAGUCCCUGAAAUCCCUCUAUGUGAGGGGCAAGGAUGCCAGUAGGGUGCCUGGGGCAGCCAAAAACACGAUCCCCUUCCACAAAGAGCUUGCAGACGUCCUUGAGAGGGAUCACAUUGUGGCUCCUUACCAUACGGUCCGGUGCACAGCCUCGGGUCCUGUCUGCUAUGACCAGGAAGAGGGGGACAGCGGUGAGGCAGUCUCCUCCCAGCAGCUGCCUGCUGCCCCCCAAGAAAGUUGUGAGGACCUGGUGUCCUCCGUGGCCCUGAUCCUGAGCCCCAUCGCUGAACCUGGAACGCAGGAGGUGGCCCCAGGACAGGAUGGUUGCAAGUCAGAGGUCCCAGAAAUUGAGCAUCCUGCAGGAAACCUCUCUGGCAUCAGAGAAAUCUGCAACUCCUUUGCAGAGGACAGCUCUGUGGGCUCAUUCCCUGGAUCUGGCCCCUCAGUGCAAGCAGCUCACUCAGGCAGCAUGAGUCAAAAGAUACCCACCCUGGACUCCGUCAGGCGGGCACCUAAUUGGAGCCGUGGUGAGGUGCUGGACCUGAUCGCGAUAUGGGGAGAAAUGAGGAGGACCAUUGCAGCUGCAGCAAAGGGGACUAAAGGAACCCGGCAGAAACAGGCGGUUUGUGAGAUGAUUGCGGCACAGAUGGUGGCACGGGGACAUCAGCGGGACUGGCUCCAGGUCAGGACCAAGAUAAAGUCCCUGAAAUCCCUCUAUGUGGCAGAUGGUGGCACGGGGGCAUCAGCGGGACUCAAGAACACGAUCCCCUUCCACAAAGAGCUUGCAGACAUCCUUGAGAGGGAUCGCGCUGUGGCUCCUUGCUAUACAGUCCAGCACACAGCCUUGGGCCCUUCCUGCUGUGACCAGAAAGAAGGGGACAGAGGUGAGGCAGCCUCCUCCCAGCAGCUGCCUGUUACCCCCCAAGAAAGUUGUGAGGACCUGGUGUCCUCCAUGGCCCUGAUCCUGAGCCCCAUCGCUGAACCUGGAACGCAGGAGACCCAGGAGGUGGCCCCAGGACAGGAUGGUUGCAAGUCAGAGGUCCCAGAAAUUGGGCAUCCUGCAGGAAACCUCUCUGAUUUCUCUGAUGCCUGGGACUCCUUGGCAGACGACAGCUCUGUGGGCUCAUUCCCUGGACCGGAGCCUUCAGUACAAGCAGAUUACUUAGGCAGCGUGAACCAAAGGAUGCCCCUUCUGGACCCCAUCAAGCGGGCACCCAAUUGGAGCCACGGUGAGGUGCUGGACCUGAUCGCGAUAUGGGGAGAGAUGAGGAGAACCAUUGCAACUGCAGCAAAGGGAACUAAGGGAAACCGUCAGAAACAGGCUGUUUGUGAGAGGAUUGCGGCGCAGAUGGUGGCAUGGGGGCAUCAGCGGGACUGGCUCCAGGUCAGGACCAAGAUAAAGUCCCUGAAAUCCCUCUAUGUGAGGGGCAGGGGUGCCAAGAGGGUGCAUGGGGCAGCCAAGAACACGAUCCCCUUCCACAAAGAGCUUGCAGACAUCCUUGAGGGGGAUCAUAUUGUGGCUCCUUGCCAUACAGUCCAGUGCACAGCCUUGGGCCCCGUCUGCUGUGACCAGCAAGAGGGGGACAGCGGUGAAGCAGCAUCCUCCCAACAACUGCCUGCUGCCCCCCAGGAAAGUUGUGAGGACCUGGUGUCCUCCGUGGCCCUGAUCCUGAGCCCCAUCGCUGAACCUGGAACGCAGGAGACCCAGGAGGUGGCCCCAGGACAGGAUGGUUGCAAGUCAGAGGUCCCAGAAAUCGAGCACCCUGCAGGAAACCUCUUUGAUUUCUCUGAUGCCUGGGACUCGUUGGCAGAGGACAGCUCUGUGGGCUCCUUCCCCGGAUCUGGCCCGUCAGUGCAAGCAGGCAGCAUGAGUGAAAAGAUGCCCCCCCUGGACUCCGUCAGGCGGGCACCUAAUUGGAGCCGUGGUGAGGUGCUGGACCUGAUCACGGUAUGGGGAGAGAUGAGGAGAGCCAUUGCAACUGCAGGAAAGGGAUCUAAAGGAAACCGUCAGAAACAGGCCAUUUGUGAGAGGAUUGCGGCGCAGAUGGUGGCACGGGGGCAUCAGCGGGACUGGCUCCAGGUCAGGACCAAGAUAAAGUCCCUGAAAUCCCUCUAUGUGAAGGGCAGGGAUGCCAAUAAGGUGCCUGGGGCAGCCAAGAACAUGAUCCCCUUCCACAAAGAGCUUGCAGACAUCCUUGAGAGGGAUCGCGCUGUGGCUCCUCGCUACACAGUCCAGUGCACAGCCUUGGGCCCUUUCUGCUGUGACCAGCAAGAGGGGAACAGCGGUGAGGCAGCCUCCUCCCAGCAGCUUCCUGCUGCCCUCCAGGAAAGGUCUGAGGAUCUGGUGUCCUCCGUGGCCCUGAUCCUGAGCCCCAUCGCUGAACCUGGAACGCAGGAGACUCAGGAGGUGGCCCCAGGACAGGAUGGUUGCAAGUCAGAGGUCCCAGAAAUUGAGCAUCCUGCAGGAAACCUCUCUGAUUUCUCUGAUGCCUGGGACUGCUUGGCAGAGGACAGCUCUGUGGGCUCAUUCCCUGGAUCUGGCCCUUCAGUGCAAGCAGCUCACUCAGCCAGCGUGAGCCAAAAGAUGCCCGCCCUGGACUCUGUCAAGCGGGCACCUAAUUGGAGCCGUGGUGAGGUGCUGGACCUGAUCGCGAUAUGGGGAGAGGUGAGGAGAGCCAUUGCAGCUGCAGCAAAGGGGACUAAAGGAACCCGGCAGAAUCAGGCGGUUUGUGAGAGGAUUGCGGCGCAGAUGGUGGCACGGGGACAUCAGCGGGACUGGCUCCAGGUCAGGACCAAGAUAAAGUCCCUGAAAUCCCUCUAUGUGAGGGGCAGGGAUGCCAACAGGGUGCCUGGGGCAGCCAAGAACACGAUCCCCUUCCACAAAGAGAUUGCAGACAUCCUUGAGAGGGAUCACGCUGUGGCUUCUCACCAUACAGUCCAGUGCACAGUUUUGGGCCCCGUCUGCUGUGACCAGCAAGAGGGGGACAGCGGUGAGUCAGCCUCCUCCCAACAGCCAUCUUCUGCCCACCAACGAAGUUGUGAGGACCUGGUGUCCUCCAUGGCCCUGAUCCUGAGCCCCAUCGCUGAACCUGGAACGCAGGAGAGCCAGGAGGUGGCCCCAGGACAGGAUGGUUGCAAGUCAGAGAUCCCAGAAAUUGAGUACCCUGCAGGAAACCUCUUCGGAAAUCAUACGGGUGAGAGAGGCCUCUGCAUCUAGCAGCGCAGAUGGUGCCACAUGGCCUCAAGUGGACACUUCAGCCCAGAGGAUAUCCCAUAGCCAAAGGUGACGGAGAGAGUACCGCGGUCAGCUCCUUGAUGACAUUGGAGACUUAUCUGCACGCCAAGCAGAGACUGCUGAGCAUUGGCUUUCUUCCUAUGGGGUCAGGCAGGAAGAGACAGCAUCCGCUCUACAGGCUCUUCAGCAGUCUUCUGAGGCUGGGGAGGAGCAGGUAACAUCCUGGUUGAUGCUGUAGAUGCGUGGGAGUCCUUUCUGGUUGAUGCGGCCAUUGCCAUCAAUAGAACAGCCACAACUGUCGAGAAGGCAGCUACUGCCAAGGCCACGGCUGUAGCUCAGGUAGCGACUGCAGUGCCUGUGGUGGCUGCUGCCACGGUCGUGGCUAUAGAGAGGAUAGCUUCUGCCAUGGAGGAAUGCUAUUGCACCCAGACAGCAAGGCUGGCCUGUCACCCUCCCUCUGACCAUAGGCAUUGGUCCUAGCCUCCACCUGGCCUGAGCUACCAUGGAGUCUUGCCAUGUCCCCCCAUUUCUGCCUUCCAUCCCUGGCUGGCAAUUGCCCCAAGUGGUUGCUGGGACUAUAGGGAUGCUCCACAGGCAUGCUGGGUGCAUGUCUCCCUACAUUACAUCUGCGAUACUAUCAUCCCCCAGGAUGGCAAGCAGGAAGCAUGGGUCUGAGAGGCACAGUGCUUGCCUUCCCAGGAUGGGCAGGGAACACCACUGGCAUCCCAGGUGCUUGCACCCCGGGGAGUGCCAUCAAAAGAUGGCUGCUAAGUUUUGAUGAUGACCUGACUCAGUUCCCCAGCAGUGCAGUCAGAAAACUCUGCCAUGCAGGUGCAGCUCAAGCUCCGAUCAGCCUCUCACAUCAGGCUCAGGGGAGGUGCAGCCAGCAUGCCACAGUUCUCCCAAGUAGCAGGGGAAGGGGUAGCCAGCCCCCUGGCUAUGCCAUGGUUUUAUUUGGCAGGUUGCACCAUAGUUUGCAGCUUGCAUGUGCGUGGCUUUAUGUUUAUUGGGAACAAAUAAA